GGACCCGCCUCCCUCCAGCCGGAGUCACGUUGUCCAACCUGUUCCCGGAGUCUGCCCCGCCCCGUCCUCCGCGCCCCGCCGCCGGAGCCGAAGCCGGAGGAAGACCCCUGGUGCCAGGAUCGGCCCCUGAUCCGCGCCCCGCUCCGGCCGGCACCAUGGACAGCGAGGCAUUCCAGAGCUCGGGGGACCUUCUGGACCUGAACUUCCAGUCCCUGGCCAUGAAGCACAUGGACCUGAAGCAGAUGGAGCUGGACACGGCGGCGGCCAAGGUGGACGAACUGACCAAGCAGCUGGAGUCGCUGUGGUCAGACUCGCCGACGCCACCUGGCUCUCAGGCUGGAGCCCCCGCUAGGCGGUCCCGGUACAGCUCCAGCCCGGUCCAAGAGCCCUUCGGCAGCCGCGGGUCCUCCCGGAAGGCGCCCGGCGACGGCGCAGACACCCCGUUUGGACGCUCGGAGAGCGCCCCGGCUCUGCUCCCCUACAGCUCGCUGUCCCCUAAGGGCCGGCCGUCGUCACCGCGCACCUCGAUCUACCUGCAGCCGGACGCCUACAGCAGCCUGGACCGCGCGCCCUCGCCCAGCCCCCGUGUCUACGAGGGCGCUGGCGGCUCCCUGGGCCGUGCGCCUUCCCCGCGGCCCGGCUCGGGCCCGUUCCGCCAGCAGGGUACCCCGACGCCCUUCGACUUGCUGGCCCGCGCCAGCUCCCACCGUGUCAGCUCUCUGGCCGAGGGGCCCCAGGUUUUCUUCCCGGAGCGCGGGCCCUCGCACGUCUCUCCCCGCCUACGACACACCAGCCGCAUUCGUGUCGCAUGCUGGGCGCGGCAGCAGCGCCUCUACCGGCUAGGGUGGUCUAGCCCCCUCAGCAUGAUCUUUAAGCUGCAGAACGCCUUCUGGGAGCACGGGGCCAGCAGAGCCAUGUUCCCUGGCUCCCCCAUCUUCUCGCGAGCUCCUCCGCCCAAGCUGCCCCCCCAGCCCCAAGCACCUCCCCAGCCCCAGCUACUGCCCCAGCCCCAACCACAGUCCCAGGUGCCCCCACAGCCCCAGUCACAACCACCAUCCCAGCCUCAGCUCCAGCUUCAACCCCCUGCCCCAGUGCCCCAGUUCCCCCAACAGACGUGGAGUGAAGGUGAGUCAGCAAUGGGGAGUCCAGAGGGCUUGGUGAAGGGAGGUCCAAUGGCUGGGGACCCGACCAGCAGAGGGAGCCAUCACGGCCCAACAUCCCAACACCUGUUUUCAGAGCCUGUCCCUGCAGAGAGCAAGGCCAGAUAAGCGUGGGAAUUGGGGGAGGGCGGCGGGCUAGGGACAGACAGCAGGAUGGUUAAGCAGGGACUCUGGAGUCAGACAGCCUGGCUCCAUGCUGAGUGACCUGGGCAAGUCACUUCGCCUCUCUGAACCUCGAUUUCCUUGACUGUAAAAGGUGAUGAUAGAACCUAUCUUAUAUAAAGUCCUUAAACUAGGGCCUGAUGUAUAGUAAUCUUAUAGCUAUCAUAUUCGUUAUAAUAAUUAUUAAUGUUUUCUGGUGUGAGACCAGUACAGGGCCUGGAGUUGAGUGGAUUGGGUCUGAGCCUUUCUCCACCGCGGAUGCUGUGAGAUGCAGGAUAAAUCAGUUAACCUACCUGAGCUUCUAUUUUCUCAGCUGUGAAGGGGGAUUAAUAAUAUCCGUUGCACAAGUUCUGUUGGGAAUUCAGUGUAUAAUAAUAAUGUGUCUAAAGCGAUCAUUAUUAUUUCUGCCUGCUUUUAAAGCUCUGAUAGAGAGGAAUAAGGCAGUCAGAUGAGACCAGCAAGGCCAGGAUUCUAGUCCCAGCAGGAGUUUUCUCCUGACAUGCUAGGAGAAGAAAUACUUAGAUGCUUAGAACUUCACAUCUAUCGUGAUGGUAGGAGUACAGAGUCAGAACUGAGGUCGCAACCCAAUUUUUUUUUGUCACUGGGCAUCUGAUUUUCUGUCUCUGAGACUUGAGUUUCCCUUCUGUGAUAAGGAGGUGAUAGACAUGUCUACCUCACAGAAUGGUGAGGUGAGAGUUCACCAACACAGGCGUGUACAGCACCAGCUACAUGCUAAGUGCUUGAUAAAGGGGAAAUGGCACGACAGCCCAGGGAACAGGUAACCCAGAGAUCAAGGAACUGCCCUGAGGCCACACAGCAAAUCAGGUGCUGCUUGCAGGUUUUGGAGGUUGUGGGGAGGGAGUCUUGGGGGCCUCCUGAGAACCCCUCUGAUUUGCCUCUGUUCC